UGACUGUCACUUUUUCCCUAGCUUCCUUAACUAACAAGUUUUGUUAGACAUCAGUACGAUGUGAAUGGCUUCUGCUGGAGCACGUUUAGCGCGGCUUUAUAUCUCAUGUUCCGGUGUUAUUUUACGUAGAUCGCUAUCACACGCGGGGAUGGAAGACAUGGGCGUAAACACGAGCCGCUCUUGCCUUGAGCGACUGGAGUUUGACAAUGUUGCUCUUAAAAAACUUCCACUGGACCCGUCCACCGAACCAGGGAUCCGACAGGUCCGGGGGGCCUGCUUCUCUAGAGUCCAACCCACCCCUCUGAAGAACCCAGAGUUUGUGGCAGUUUCAGGUCCAACUCUGGCACUGCUGGGUCUUGAUGCUGAUGAGGUUCUGAAGGAUCCACUGGGCCCAGAGUAUCUCAGUGGAUCUAAAGUGAUGCCAGGAUCAGAGCCUGCUGCCCAUUGCUACUGCGGGCACCAGUUUGGACAGUUUGCAGGACAGCUUGGGGAUGGAGCUGCAUGUUAUCUGGGAGAAGUGAAAGCCCCAGUGCAUCAGAGCCCUGAAUUACUGCUUGAGAAUCCCACUGGACGCUGGGAGAUUCAGGUGAAGGGUGCUGGACUGACACCGUACUCUAGACAGGCAGAUGGGCGAAAGGUUUUGCGCUCCAGCAUACGCGAGUUCCUGUGCAGCGAGGCAGUUUUUGGCUUAGGAGUCCCAACAACGAGAGCUGGGUCAGUAGUGACGUCAGAUUCACGAGUCAUGAGGGAUGUCUUCUACGAUGGCAAUCCACGCAUGGAAAGAUGCUCUGUGGUCUUGCGCAUUGCUCCCAGCUUUAUUAGGUUUGGAUCAUUUGAGAUCUUCAAACGAGCUGAUGAGUUCACUGGCCGACAAGGUCCCAGCUAUGGCCACGAUGAGAUCAGAACCCAGAUGCUGGAUUAUGUCAUAGAGAGCUUCUACCCAGAGAUCCAUCAGAAUCACUCAGACCGCAUUGAGAGGAAUACUGCUUUCUUCAGAGAGGUGACCUUACGAACAGCGAGGCUGGUGGCUCAGUGGCAGUGUGUGGGUUUCUGUCAUGGAGUCCUCAAUACUGAUAACAUGAGCAUCCUGGGCCUGACUUUGGACUAUGGGCCUUUUGGCUUCAUGGACCGUUUUGACCCAGACUUCAUCUGUAAUGCUUCCGAUACUUCAGGCCGGUAUUCUUACCAAGCCCAGCCGGCCAUCUGCCGCUGGAAUUUAGCUCGGCUCGCUGAAGCCCUGGUACCUGAUCUACCACCAGACCGCGCCAAACAAGUGCUGGAUGAGUACCUGCCUCUAUACAAUGACUUCUAUCUGAGCAACAUGAGGAAGAAACUGGGUCUGCUGAAGAAGGAAGAACCAGAGGACGAGAUACUCCUCACAGAACUUAUGCAGACUAUGCAUAACACGGGUGCGGAUUUCAGCAACACUUUCCGUAGCUUGAGUCAGAUUUCCUGCCCAACACAGCAGGAGGGGGAAGAUGAAAGUGAGGCUAUAAAACAAGCCACAGAGCUUCUCCUGCAGCAGUGUGCCUCUCUAGAGGAGCUCAAAGCUGCAAACAGACCUACCAUGGAUCCACGUGAACUUGCAAUGCUGCUGUCCAUGGCUCAGAGUAACCCUGCACUGUUCCAGAUGAUUUCGGACAGGAAGACAGUCGCCCGGCAGCUGGAAAGGCUCUCAAGAUUGAAGGAGCUGAUGGACACCACUGUAGAACAACUAAGGGCCAAACAGACUGAAGACUGGUCCCGCUGGAUCAAAAAAUACAGGCAGCGGCUUGCUUGUGAGUGUGAAUCAGGGCUUGAUGUGAAAGAACUACAGGAGGAGAGAGUACGUGUGAUGAACAACAACAACCCAUAUGUGGUACUCAGAAACUACAUCGCCCAGAAUGCAGUAGAGGCAGCUGAAAAUGGUGACUUCUCAGAGGUCCAGAGAGUUCUGAAAGUGUUGGAAAAGCCGUUCUCUGUGCAGGAAGGUCUUGAAAAGCCAGGCUGGGUGGGAAGAGGAGGAGCGGCGGAUUCUGGAGAAAGAGAUGAGACCGGAGAACAAGGGAAUACUUCUGGAGCAGAGGCUCGAGUACUUGUCCCAUAUGACAGCAAGCCCCCCAUGUGGGCCAAUGAGAUCUGUGUCACCUGAUCAUCAUAAAACCUUCAUGACAACUAACCUGCUCAUUUAAGCAGAAUAAUCCUGCAGAAGCUAGUGAGGUGUCAGUGAAGGUAUUAAAUGAGGCAUUAAACUCCUGUCCACCAGUUCAAAACAUGGAGUAAGAUAAUGUGUAGGGGGCUAAAUGAAAAUUCAGCACAUUUAUCUCUGUAUAUUUGACUGGUUACAAAUGAUGAUUUAGACCCCCAGUCUAACCAUGACAGGUCUGAGUCUGAAAGAUAGAAGUUAUGCCUUUAUAUAAAAUGACUUUGGAUUUGAAGUGAAACGCACAAGCUCCAAGCUCCAAGCUCCAAGCUCAAACGCACAAACAUAUGUAAUCGUUUACCUAAAGGGUCUCGCUUUAAAUCAUGUAGUUAUACAUGUAUGUAGCGCUGAUUUAACACAAUUAAUUUGUAGCUGGAAUAGUCUUAUUAUUCAACAACUACAUUUAAUAAAAUUUUCACUUAAGUACUUUAAGUUUCCUUACCACACAGCUUCGCCUAAUUCAUUUUUUAAAUUGUAAUUUGAAAAUGCAUAACUCAUCAGAAGUGUACAUUUUACAUAUUAAUUUUGGAGCCAACAGAGGUAGUACAGUAUUUUCAUAUGCUUUGUGUCUAUUCCUGAAAUGACAUUUUGAUUUCGUUCAAAAUAUAAUUAACAGAAUUUUUAUGAACUUCCCUGAUGAAUAUGCAAUAUUUCUAAGAUAAAGUACUUAUUUAAUAAACAUAACAAAUAGCAUGUGUUCUAAUUUUGUAAACCAGGAUUAAAAGACAUUUUAAAAUAAAACAAUAAAAGACAUUUGGGACCUUUUCAGUGAGAGUGUGUGGGGAAGCGGCUUCCAUUGUUUUCAUUUAUAGGGAGGAAUGUCUGUGCCUCGGGCCCAGUACUUAGGUAACAUGUUAACACAGGUUCAGAUGUGCACCUAAAUAUUUUAAGGCAGAUUUCAACAGUGCCAAGUACUUGCAGACAAAAAAAAAACUCCCUGUAAUAUAUUGCAUAUAGCGGGAAACAAGCAUUCUUCUUUGUUCAUAUUGCAAAAGACCAAAAUGCAUUGGACUCCUAAAGCCCUCGUUUUUAUGUUUUUCAAGGCUGUGGAAGAACAAACAUGCACCAGUUCUCAAAUUAACUGAAGAAAGAUCAUGUUCUUGCUUAUUUUGUCUCAGUGACGCAACUCAUGUAUGGAAAGCUGUUUUGACAUUUAUUCCAUUAAACCUACUGGUAUAUAUUUUAUGGCACGAAUACUUUUUUAAUUACUAGUAAGUAA